AUGCUUCUUAUAAGUUCAUUUUUCAGGACAUUGAUUCUACAACGAGAGCAUAUUGGGAAAUCGGGGUUUGAUUGCUGUGCUGAUGUUUUGACAAAGGAGGAUAGUGAUGGUGCAUAUACAAGUCGAGAGACGCUCGUGAUGUCGACACAACUGGAAGAGCUGAUGAAGAAAUUGGAAGCGUUCAUGAUCCAACAAACACAAAGCAACAAUGAUUUGAAGACAAGUACCAAUGAUUUAAAGGCGACUAUGACAACCUUGCAGACCAAGCAAGCAGCGAUGGAAGAGAGAUUGCAAACCCUAACCCAAAACAAAUCCAACAGACAAGAAGAAGAAGAUGAAAACGUGGACAACAUGUUCGAGUCUGAUAGAUUUGAUGACCCAUCGGAACAGGUGCGUCGAAGAGGACGUGGCGCCACCUUUGGUGCCAAUCCAAACAGUAAGUUUUUGUACCAAGGAGGCUUUACUGGAAGAGGAAAGGGUGUGAUCCAGGAAGGAGCAGGAAAAGGAUCAAGCAAGGCUUUUGAAACAUGGCGGACAGGUGAACACCAACCUUUCAAACACCAUUGGGACUCCCUCAAACCAGAAGGGUCAAAUAGAAUUGGAAGAUAUGGGAUACCGUGGGGGAAGAGUACCGAGAUUCGCCAAGAUGGAGUUUCCCACCUAUGA